CAAAACAGUCGUAUUUUAGUUCUCAAAUAGUGCACAACUAAAAUCAUAAGUUACCAUGGAUUUCUAUUAUUUACCCCUUUCUGCACCCUGCCGCUCUGUCUUAAUGACUGCCAAGGCCCUUGGCAUUGAGCUGAAUAAGAAAUAUUUGGACUUAAUGGCCGGUGAACAUUUGAAACCAGAAUUCGUGAAAAUUAAUCCUCAACACACCAUUCCCACAUUGGUUGAUGGUGAUUUUUCCAUUUGGGAAUCUCGUGCCAUUAUGGCCUAUUUGGUGGAGAAAUAUGGCAAGGAUGACUCUUUGUAUCCCAAGUGUCCCCAGAAAAAGGCUGUGGUCAAUCAACGUUUAUACUUUGACAUGGGCACUAUGUACAUGUCCUUCGCCAACUAUUACUAUCCUCAGAUCAUGAAAAAAUUGCCAGCCGAUCCUGAAAUGUUUGCCAAAAUUGAGGUGGCUUUUGAUUUCUUGAAUACAUUCUUGGAGGGCAAUACCUAUGCUGCCGGUGAUUCUUUGACUAUUGCUGAUUUUGCUUUGUUGGCCACUGUUAGUACCUUCGAUGUGGCUGAAUUUGAUUUCAGCAAAUAUGCCAAUGUCAAGAGAUGGUAUGAACAUUGCAAGACCACUGCUCCCGGUUUCGAGGAAAACUGGGAAGGUUGCAAGGAUGUGAAGAAAUGGAUGAAUAAGGAAUAAUUUGUUAUUAGUUUGUAAAUCAUAUACUCAGUAUUUAUUAAAUAAAAUUAGAUGCACCAUAUUAAUGUUGUAAAUAUAUGUGAUGUA